AUGACCAAAGUACCAGCUAUCAAGAAGAUCCAGAACUCCCCAAACUCAGGAGCCCGUUGGCCCUUUUAUGUCUCAGAUUACCCAACGCAGGUCCCAGACAAGCCACUGAAAAGCUUCAAGUACAUGAACAAGGAAAUAAUAAACCUCAAAAAAGACCUGAUACGGAGCCGAUUGUUGAUUCAGUCAGUGAAGAUAGGUCACGGGUAUUUCACCAUGCUGAGGGAGGAAAGUGCAAUGAAAAAGAGGCAACAGCAGCUUCAGAAACUGGAAGAGGAAAAAAGAAAUCAAUUCCAACCAGCCAAAAAGAUCUCAGAAAUGCAUUAUGGUGACACACGUUUGACCACAUGCAAUAACGAGAAGAUGAGGAAGAUGGAAGGAGGGACUGAGAUUGUGUUUCGGCCUUUCACGCCCUGGCAUAGCUGCAUCAUCUCACCCUCUCUCCCUGAGGCGCACGUGGAACCCCUCUUCCGCCAGCUCUGUGCCCUCCACUGGCUCCUGGAGGCUCUGACCAUUGACCACACCCACCACACCAUGAAGCCUGUGAUCACCUGUUGGAAUCUGAAGGAUCCAGGUGGAAGCAAGAACACAAUAAAAAAGAUCAAUAAGGAUAAGUCCAUGGGACAGAAGUGGGAAAACUUCAUCACCUCGUCAAAGCAAACCAAGAAAUUAAAAAUUCCAGCGCCACGCACCACCGCCCGCAAACCAAGUCGGAAAGGCUCCACACCCAGUCUGUCUCGGACCAGUGGGGGGUCAUCCCCCCAGAGCAGCAUGAUCUCUGUAAACCCAGGCUCAGAUGAGCUGCCAAGUAUGGUCACCCAGGGGACAGGUAGCAAGGACAUCGAGGACAAUGAGUCAUGUUCAACCAAACCAGAUGAAGAACCUCUUCAUAUCAAUCUGCAAAAGCUACUAGAGAUGGUUUGGGAAGAUGCCCGGAGAACAGUCAUCAAAGAAGAUGGGACUCAAAAAAAAGUACCUAGUAUCUUGUCUAUGGUGAAGCAAAACAAGAGCGAGUCUGCGUCCAAGGACACACAGACCAAUACUCACAAAUCCAGUGACAAGUCCAGCAGUACAAGCGGAGACAGCCACACCCAACUAGUCCAGAAGAAGAGUAAAAUCCACCCCAUUCGUGAUAUCCUCCAAUGUAAGACUGAUGUAUGUGGCGCCAUGAGGGCCAAGUUUUACAGCGUGGCCCAGGAGGCCGGCUUCUGUCUCCAGGACAAGAUGGAAAUCCUCAUGAAGCGCCAAGAAGAGAGGGGUCUCCAGAAAUUCAAUUCUUUUCUCCUUGUCUCGACUUUUCAAAAGGAUAUAGCAAAAAUGAGACAUCAGGUUUCCGUUGUAAAAGGAGAUGCUGAAGAAAUUGCAGACCACUGGUACUUUGACCUAUUAUCCAAACUCCCAGAGGAUCUGAAGAACUUCCGCCCUGCCAAAAAGAUUCUGGUAAAACUGCAGAAGUUUGGGGAGAACCUAGAUCUGAGGAUCCGGCCCCAUGUCCUACUGAAGGUGCUGCAGGACCUAAGGGUGUGGGAGCUGUGCUCCCCUGACAUUGCUGUGGCUGUUGAGUUUGUACGAGAACACAUCAUCCACAUGCCUCAAGAGGAUUAUAUCAACUGGCUGCAGAACCGGAUCAACGUCCCCAUCCGGCCUCACAGUGCCCUUGCAUAG